CCCUUUUUUUCUCUCUCCAGUCAUCCAUGGGAUACUGUGACCCAAGCAGUGUGGAGAAAGUACCCAAAUCCUCAUAAUCCAGCAGUCGUUGGCACAGAUGUUGUUGAACGUCGUGUAGAAAAUGGUGUAUUGCACACACACCGACUCAUCAGUUCUCGGUGGGGCCUGCCAUCUUGGGCACAAAAGAUUCUUGGUGCUGACAGAGUAUGUUAUGGCUUUGAACAUUCUGAAGUGGAUCCUGAACAGAAAGUCAUGACAAUGCGGACCAGAAAUCUUACGUUUUCCAAUACAGUAAGCAUGGAUGAGCGUUUAGUUUACUUCCCAGACCCCGCUGAUGACGAGAAAACUAUUCUCCGACAAGAGACCAUAAUCACUGUGAAAGGUGUACCACUGACGUCAUAUAUGGAAAAUUAUCUACUGAAUAGUAUAUCUAAAAAUUCCUUCAAGGGUCGUGAUGCCAUGGAGUUCGUCAUUAGCAAGAUCAACAGAGAAGUUGAAGAGCUUAUGACAACUUACAAGCGUAGUACAACAGAAAUAUUCUCGCAGACAAGACGGUCUAUUGGGGAGAUCACGGAGUCGGCUCUCAGAUCAGUCGAUGACAUCUCCUUUGUUGCGAAAAAGUCUGUUGAUGGAUUAUCAGACGUAUACAAAAGUCCAUUGAUGAUAUUUCUUGUGCUGCCAAGAAGGGCAUUGAUGAGAUUCACAGCUUUACUCAACCAAAUGAACCAAUGCCAAGGAUUUGAUAUCUAUUUAGGAAUAUUAGGAUUUUUUCAAUUGUAUAUAUUAAACAGUUUUUAGUUGGUACUGAAAACAAAAAAUAAAAAAUAAAAAUAGCAAAAAGUAAAAAUAAAAAUUAUCUACCCAAAUACCACAGUUUAAAAGAGGAAUGAGCUGAAACUGGAUCUUCAUUAAGCACUUUAGAUAUGAAAGGUAUUAUUAAAAAAACAAAUUAUUUCCUGUUUCUUGUGUGUGUAUGUAUAUAUAUUAGUAGAAUAUAUAUAUAUAUAUAUAUAUAAAUAAAAUAUAUAUGUAUAAAAAAAAAAUAUAUAUAUAUAUGCAUGGGAAUACAUAAUUUAUUUAUAAUUUGAUGGAUGUCUGUAUAUUGUAAGAGCAAACCGCUCAAAUGAAAGUAUUGCAUUCAAACUCGCAACACAUGCAUUUUGAAAAUUGUUUCAGUGUAGUAAACAACUUCAAUCUCCAAAAUAGGAAGAUGAAUUGAAAAAUCUAGAAGCAGUGCUCAGUUUCAGUGGCCAUUUACCCAGUGUCUGUAAUAUCAUGACCUGGGAAGGACUGGAGAACCUGAUACAGAAGUUGAUACUUCAAGUGCUAUUACUUGUCAUUAAAUUCUGUAUAUGAUGUGAACACACUUCAUAUUCACUCAGGGUUCACACACACGUGGUAUUGGCAUUGUGUCUUGUUAAAUGAUGAACUUUGCUUGUAGUGUUCUCUUCGGGCUUGUUUCAGAGUAGAAUGCUAUGGUUUGGUACACCAUUUAUCAUUGAAACCUUUCAGUGCAAGUAAGCUAGUCCAUUCUUUUGUGCUGCAGUAAUGAUAGCAGCAUGUAAAGAUAACCUGAGGAAAUCUGUGGAAAUCCCCAAAUUUCCCAGAUUUUUUGACAUGGCAGGUUCUCCGCAUUCAGUAGUCGGCAUCAGCAUUAACAACACAUAUUUGUUUUCAGGAUUAGAAUCAUAGCAAAUACCAUUUCAAAGUAUUACAUAGCAUACUGGAAUAAAGAAAAUAUUUCAGACUGCUGAUAGUUAUUUUUACUUUAUUCAAGAUUUUUGUACACCAAAAAUUUAAAUUUCUUAAGUCCAUAUGGUUAAUAGGACAUUGCUAAUACCUCAUCCACUACCUAAGACAGUGCAUUUUGUAAGAUUUAUUAUAAGCUAUUUAAUUUUGUUUUCUUUUGUCACCAUCUAUUAAUUUUUGUAAAACAAGGAAUCUAACACUGAAGUAUGGAAAUUGUAUUAUUACUGACUCGGUUAUGUGUGCUUUAUAAAAUUAUUUUAAUCUGGUUAACUUUGUCAAAGUUGAGGAAUAGUUCAUAUAAAUACUGUGCUGACAGUUAGUGAAUCCAUCAAUGCAAUUUUUUAAUUUUUGUAACCAAACAUAGCAAUGCACUGUACAGCCAUUCCUUAUUACUUUGUUUUCAUGUUUUCAUUGUUAAAGCUGAGAUGUUUUUUUUUGUGUUGAAUAUUUUUUAUAUAGAAUAUCCUAUACAGUAUAGUAUUUAUUUUACUAUAUGUUUCUCUACACCACAUCCAGAAUUUAACAAUAUAUAGAUCAGGAUCA